AGUUUAUUGACCGUAGCGACAACGAAGGCCGUCACUUCGAAUUCAUCGACAAGAGACGUGAAAGUUUCGAGGUUUAUUGAAUAUAUCGGGCCAACUUUUCGUUAACCGUGUCAAGAUGGCGGCCAACAUUCAAGCAGCUGUGGCCAGGAAUCUCUUGGAGGCAUCCAAAGUGAUUGAAGAGCAAAUAGACGCUGAGAUAGAAAAACUCGACAAGAUGGCUGAUGAAGACCUCGAAGGUCUGCGCCAAAAGCGCCUGGAUGCAAUGAAGAAGUAUGAGAAAAAGAAGCGCGAGUGGCUUGAGAAGGGACACGGCGAGUACACGGAGCUCACGUCCGAGCCCGAAUUCUUCGAGGCGUGCAAGGCCAGCGAAGACGUGGUGGUCCACUUCUUCCGCGAGAGCACCUUCCGCUGCAAGAUUGUCGACAAGCACCUGGCCAUUCUCGCCCAGAAGCACGUGGAGACGCGCUUCUGCAAGAUCAGUGUCGACAGGGCUCCAUUCCUAUGUGAUCGCAUGAAGAUCCGGGUGCUCCCCACCAUUGUGCUCUUUAAGGAUUUCAAGUCAAAGGACUUCAUCGUAGGAUUCGACGACCUCGGUGGCGUCGACGACUUCAGCACUGAAAUGCUGGAAUGGCGCAUCGCACGGGCCCACGUCAUCAGAUACUCCGGAGACCUGAGCGUUCCCCCGACUGAGGGUACUAAGGAACGCAGGCCGAUGCUCAACUUUGAGCGAAAAACAAUACGCGGAACGGCGGGAGACGACAGCGACGACGAUUACUGAUAAAUUUGUGGCGCUCUUGAUGGGUGAGAGAAACAGACAGGAAGAGAAAGAGAAACGUGGGUUGGGUUUAUGGUGCUAUUGUAUGUCGAGAUCUGUUUAUAUAAGGUAUUCCUACCAGAUUUUGAUGCAGGCUAGGUUUAUUUAUUGGAAUUUUAGCAAAGCAACUGCUUUACUGAUGGGCAGUGGUCAAUUUUAUUCAUGUUCAUCAAACUCUUAUUCGUAUAAUUGUUGUAUUGCGUGAGCCCUUUACCAUUAUCGCACGCAGUUAGCAGCGCUGUAGGUUUCUCGGAAGCUGUGAUUUUUAUUGAGACAUGUCUAGCUUAUCAUGACAGUUAAACUGAGUGCACUACUGUUCUAUUCGUUUUGCCAAAACGAAGGACUACUAUUUCGCAACAUUUUUGCAGAGUGCACGGUGUAAUUGUAAUUUGGAUUGCUUGGUAAAUAGUUUUCUGCCAAACAACUACACAUAAUUCAUUGCAUGUUUAUGGCGCCUAAUUGUGUUGUUUGCUCUCAGCCACCCCAAACGCUUUUUUGUGAUGCGUGUUGUACAGUAAGUCCUAAUCGUGCUCGCCAAUUAUUGCAUCGCCGCCAAUAAAGGCCGUUUGAUAUUUUCUCCAA